AUGUGGAGGACGCAGGAAGGCAGCAGGGCAGCCACAGCCGCCACAGCCGCCGCAUCGGAAUCGUCCUUCGCGGAAUUCGAUUCGGGCCAAGUGCUCGAGGACAACGAGAACGCGAGACGCGCCGCACUCCGGGAGAGGAGGCACGUGCUGCUCCACCAUCAGGAAACCCCUCGGCUCCCUGUCCCUCCUCCUCCUCCUCCUCCUCCUCCUCCACCUCCUCCACCUCCAACACCUCCGCCUUCUCUUCCUCCUCUUCUUCCAUCAUCUCGUCGUCGUCGUCAUCAUCAGCAUCAUCAUCGUCAUUCCCGUCAUCAUGAUUAUCGUCAUAAGCAUCAUCGUCAACAACAACCGGAAGAACGAUGCCGUCAACAACAUCGUCAUCACCAGCAUCAGCAUUAUCAGCGAGAAGAGGAACCGCGCAAAAGCGAAUUCAUUCUGGAGCACGAUCAUUGUCACAGUCUGGAGGAGAAUAUUCGAGAAAAUCGGGAAGCACACGGCGGAAAGCAAGAACGUCUCGAGGACCGACGAAGAGACGAAAUUUUGAAAAACUUUCGGAGCGACAGGAUGGACCAAGACGAGCCAUCGACAGGCGCGCACAUAUCGAGAGAGUGGCGCGCGGAUGGUGGGAACGAGCGCUCAGUGCGGAAGAGGCAUAACGUAUCGCAAGAGAAUCUGCCCUUGUACAUCGGUGACGAGGGCAAGGACGAUUACGACUACGGCCAUGACGACGACGACGACGACGACGACGACGACGACGACGGUCAGGAGGAGCAGGAAGAAGAUAAUAAUAACGAGAGGGACAGUGAAAACGAGAGUAACGAGGAAGCGGAGCAGUGCUCCUCGGCAGCAGGUGGAAGCGGCAAGAGACGUCGGCGACAGCAAGGUCCACUUAUGAUGUCUAUGCGCACGGAGGAUAUGCAUGUGAUUCAGAAGCAGCAGGAUAAUUGUGAAUCGAUGCUGCAGGAAGUAGCCGAGAGCGAGGAGAAGGUGCAGAUAAGGAUGUUAACUUCGCCGUUGAUGUCAGUGGCCCUGGACGCAAAGAGCCGUCAGAACGAUCAAAAGGAACAACAGGACCAACAGAAAGAGAAUUUUGAGAAGCUAAAACGCGUUGCGAUCUCGAGAAAAUCAGUGAACGAUGCUUCUAGGGUGGAAAAGAGGGAAUACGAGGAGGCCGAGGAGACGGAUGAGGAGGAGGAGGAGGAGGAGGAGGAGGAGGAGGAGGAGGAGAUGUCGCUCGAAGCAGUCGCGAAUGAGGAGGACGAUGCGAAUGAGGACGAGGACGAGAUUGAGGAAGAGGAGGAAGACAUGGAAAUCGAAGUGGAAGUUUGUCGAUCAACGGAAGGAAGCAGCCCCAGCAGUCCGGUCGAUUUGACGGCCUCGUCCCGAUGCGCCGCUACAGGCUUCUUCCAUCCUCUGGGAAAUCGUGGUGUUCAUGCUUUUGCCUGCUUGCAGGCAAGUGUCACUCCGGUCGUCGAUUAUUUUUCCGGGAGCAACGCCGACGAAUCUGGCGCGACGGCAGCGGCGUCUGUCACGGCAAUGACGCUCUCUGGCAUCCUACCUCAAGAACACAGGAUCGGCACGAGCGCAGUCAGUGGCAUCAACGUCGACAUUACUAACAGCACAAACGUGAGCUGCACCACGUCCACGAGCGCCACUGCGGGAACGUUGACGACCACGGCCAGCGCCGUCCAAUCGAAUAAGCGAGGGCUGGCCUUCUCCGUCGAGAACAUUCUCGAUCCGAAUAAAUUCACCGGUGGUCGAAAUCUAUACGAUCGUCUUCGACGGCGGAAGCAUCGAAAGAGCAGCGUUCCCCACGAAGAUGGAGAUUCGCGAGGUGAGUUUCCCGGAGGCAGUGGGCAGGAGGAUGAGGAGGUGCCUGACGUAUCCAAAGGACUCGAGGUCGACGAGGAGAUGGAGGACGACCAAGAUGAAGAUGUGGAAUUGCGAAGCGUGGAUGUGGACCAUCAGGAACAGGAACAAUCCGCUGUUAUUCGCGGAGCCGUUCGCCUGCGAUCUGCCGAACGUCAAUGCAAAGAAAGGCAGUCUUCGGUGUCGUCCUCCUCCUCGUCCAGCAUGCCAAGCGGUCCAGGCCUCGUCGUCGGUACAGCCACGACAGCGAACGUCGGUCCAGCUUCGACGACGAUCACGACGGCUCAAAUGUCUACAGCCAGCUGUCAAGUUUCGCAAAGUGCGGAAGAUAAUAUUUGUCCUUCAAGCAAUAGCGUCUCAGUGUCAGUGUCGGCAUCGGCUUCGGUUUCGACUUCGGCAUCGGCGUCCGCAUCGGCGUCGGCAGCGACGGCGGCGGCGGCGGCUGCUGCAGCGGCUGCAGCUGGUGGCAAACCUCGAAGAGCCAGGACGGCCUUUACGUACGAGCAGCUCGUCGCGCUCGAGAACAAGUUCAAGACGACGAGGUAUCUCUCGGUGUGCGAAAGGCUUAACCUCGCACUCUCGCUCUCCCUGACGGAGACCCAGGUGAAGAUCUGGUUCCAGAAUCGGCGCACCAAGUGGAAGAAGCAAAAUCCAGGGUUGGACGUGAACAGUCCUACCGUGCCAACGACCCCGCCUCAUCCCUCGGCUUACACGCCGGCAUUUCUCUUUGCGACCCACCCGCACUCUCAUCCCCAUCCCCAUCCUCAUGCCCAUCCUCAUCCUCAUCCUCAUUCUCAUCCUCAUCCGCCUCCGCAUCCGCAUCCGCAUCCUCAUGCACAUCCGCCGCACCCACAUUCACACAGCCAUGCUCAUCCGCAUCCUCAUCCGCAUGCUCACGUUCAUCAUCCGUCUGCGCCUCCGUCGCAACCGCCGCCGCCGCCGCCACCCGGUUACUAUCACCAUCCUGCGUCCUACACGACCGCGGGACCGACCUUCUUUGCCCAUCAUCUUUCUACAGCAGCAGCGGCGGCGGCGGCAGCGGCAGCAUUAGCUAACGCCAAUGCCAGUGCCAACGCGAACGCCAACGUCAGCGCUAACGCAACCGGUAAUGUCAACCCUAAUCCGUCGCCUACCUUAACGUCAUCGGCGACCUCUACGCCGCCCGCGUCCGCAGAUGCUCUCACUCUGUCACAUCCUCAUUUUCACUCUCACUCUCACUCUCACUCUCAUGCUCGCGUACACCCACACUCGCACGCCAAUCCGCCGGCCUAGCAACGCAGCUUCUCUUCUCUUCCUCGGUUCCUUCUUCUUGUCCCCAUCUUCGUGUCUUUCUUCAUAGCAUUACGUCCCGAGGCCACAGCUACACGCACCGAUUCUAAUUGCAUCGGCACGAGUCUUUAUCGUGUUCGCGUAGCCACUUUUUCCGUUCUUGUAGUCGAACGCGUCCGAUCGGCCACGAUUUUCUGAGAUUUCAAACAAAACAGAUUACAGACUUUGGACCUGUGUAAUUCGCCGGAGCUCCGUCUUUAAUGGAUCCCACUGGCCUCGAGCAAUGGAAGACAUUACUUGAACGAACUUGAAAACAGAAACCUGUUCUCGGGAGCUGAAUGCAAUCUGUAUCGGAAUUUGACCGAAAGUGUGAUAUUAUCACGUUUAGAUUUAACUUUAGUCUUAGGUGUAGCUUUAGGUUUAAUAAGGUAUGCCCGUGGGUCUUGAGUAACGUGCACGCGCGCGCGCGCGCGCGCGCGCGCGUGUGUGUGUGUGUGUGUGUGUGAGAGAGAGAGAGAGAGAGAGAGAGGAGAGCGCAAUGAAUUUAAUUUAGUCAAACGUGCGAACGAUCGCGUGGGAUCGUUGCAACGUCUCAUUGUAAAAUAAAUGCAAAACGUUACGCUUGUAUC